AUGCCUAGUCCUAUAGAAACUUUGGAGCAACAAAAUGAAGCUGGCCAGUCCAUUUCCCAUCCAAUUGGGGAUCCAAAAAGUAAAUUGGUGGCAUCUACCCAGAAAAGAUUAAGCAUUGUCCAUCCCUUGUCCUCAAAGUCCUGUAUUUAUCGUGUUCCUGAGAAACUUUGCAAAUUAAAUGAAGAGGCAUACACACCUCAUUUGGUCUCCAUUGGCCCUUAUCACCAUGGCAAGGAAAAUCUAAGUAUGAUGGAAACACAUAAACAGAAGUAUCUACAUUCAUUUGUAGAUCGAAGAACCGACCUAUCCUUUAGUGAUAUAUUUGUUACAAUGAUGCUACAUGAUGGUUGUUUCAUCCUCGAAUUUCUACUCAGAAAUGAGCCAUUGGAAGAGUCUGAUGAAGAUGAUCCUGUGUCUAAUAACCUUUGGUUGUCUAAUGCCAUUAAACACGAUUUGAUACUUCUUGAAAAUCAGUUACCCUUCUUUGUUCUUGAGCAUUUAUACAAAUUAAACCAAGGAGAAGAACACAGUUCCUUCAUUGAAUCGAUUAGUUUUUCCUUUUCAUGUAUGCUGCCAAAGGAGAAACAAUUCUCAAGGGAGAAUUUUAAAUGCUCCAAAGUAAAGCAGAUGCUUGGUUCUGUGCUUGAUUGUUGCUCCCCUUCAUCCUCAUGUGCAUCACUGAAAGAAAAUGGAGAGACAGAUUCAAUCACAACUCUAGAAAUACCUGAACUACUAGACUUCAAAACCUCCCAAGUAAAGCAUUUGCUUGACAUUAUAAGGGACUGCUAUAUCCCUUCAUCAGCUAAGACAUGUUUGGGAAAUGGGAAGGAGCUUGAACUUCCGCACAAUUUAGAUUGUGUUUCUCCUAACCUUAGAUACAUCACAUAUUAUGCAACCCUCUUAGAUGGAUUCAUUGACUCUUCUGAGAAUGUUGCAUUGCUAUGUGAGCAUGGUAUUAUCAAAAGCUUGUUAGGAGACCAUGAACAGGUCUCUAUACUUUUCAACAACCAUGUCAAAGAGGUUAUUAUAGAUGAUGAUGAUUUUUAUUUUGCUGAUCUCUGUGAAGAAUUGAAUGUGUAUUACAGGGAUUGUUGGCAUACAUUGAACGCAGAUUUGAGACAAAAUUAUUUCAACACCCCAUGGUUAGCAAUUUCAGUUUUUGCAGUAUUUCUGGUCCUUUUAACAUUCUUACAGACCUUGUAUACUAUCAAAUCUGCUCCUGGAAAUUAA